AUGCGCAAAGCUCAAGUCUUUACUUUCGCUUUUGUUCCAUGUUGUUGGUUGUUCUCCACCUACUUCUCAAGACUCAAACAUAAACAGGUAUCAUGGAUAUAUUAUAAUAAGCCCAUUAUGGACCGAGCAGCACCCAGGCAGAGUCAUCACUGUGGCUCCUGGGAGAUGAGGGAAAGGCUUGGCAUGGGAGGAUUUGGACAUGUCAACCUCUAUCAGCACGCUGAUACUGGAGACAAGAUAGCUGUAAAGCUUUGUCGCUUGGAUUUGAACACCAAGAACAAGGAUCGGUGGUGUAGAGAAAUCCAAAUUAUGAAAAGAUUAAGCCAUGUCAAUGUCGUUGAGGCACGAGAAGUUCCUGAAGAGUUGCUUGCAAUUGCUAUAAAUGACCUUCCUCUGCUAGCAAUGGAGUACUGCUCCAGGGGCGACCUGCGCAAGGUUUUGAAUAAACCAGAAAAUUGUUGUGGCUUGAAGGAAAGUGAAAUUCUCUCCCUUCUGAAAGAUAUUGGUGCUGGUAUUCAAUAUCUACACAAAAACAAAAUAAUCCACAGAGACUUGAAGCCUGAAAACAUAGUUCUACAGGAGAACAACGGAAAGAUUAUUCACAAAAUUAUUGAUCUUGGCUAUGCAAAAGAUCUUGAUCAAGGCAGUCUUUGCACAUCAUUUGUGGGAACCUUGCAGUACCUGGCCCCUGAGCUGUUUGAAAGCAAACCCUAUACUGUAACAGUGGACUACUGGAGCUUUGGAACAGUCAUUUUUGAGUGCACUUGUGGCUUCCGUCCUUUUUUACAUCACAUGCAGCCAGUGCAAUGGACUAGUAAGGUGAAAAACAAAGGCCCCAAAGAUAUUAUGGCAAUAGAAGACAUGAAUGGAGAAGUCAGAUUCUCUGCCCAUCUUCCUUACCCAAAUAAUCUGAGCAGACCUUUGCUAGAGCCAACUGAAUCUCUUUUGCAAAUAUUGCUGUUGUGGGAUCCUGCCACACGCGGUGGUGAAAGGGAUUCAAGUGGUGACAAGCCAGCAUGUUUCGACAUCCUGCAGAACAUUGUUGUUAUGAAGAUCAUUCAUGUGUUGGACAUGACAUCAGCCCAGAUGCAUUCUUUGGUGUUGAGCAUGGAGGAAAGUCUGAAUUCACUGGAGCUACGACUGGAGGCUCAGACUCCAGCUCACAUCCCUCCUCUGAACCAGGAGCUGCUGCUUGAGACUGGGAUUACUUUGGACCCCCGCAGACCACCAGCCCAAUGUCUGCCAGAGGACUUGCAUGGCUGGGACAACUUUAUAGUCUUCUUGUUCGACAAGAGCCUGACCAAGUACUCUGGACCUCUAACAGCUCGAACUCUGCCAGAUAGUGUGAAUUUUAUAGUGAGGGAGACUAAGACACAGCUUCCAUUGGCUGCACUGAGAAAGGUUUGGGGGGAAGCUGUCAGUUAUAUAUGUGGCCUUAAAGAGGACUAUCUACGCCUGUAUCAGGGACAGAGAGCAGCCAUGUUAAGUCUGCUUCGGUAUAACACCAACCUUACCCGAUACAAGAACCUGCUUUUCUCGAAGUCUCAGCAGCUCAGAGCAAAACUGGCUUUCUUUAAGACCAGUAUCCAACAAGACUUAGAGCUAUACAGGAGGCAACAACAAAAUGGGAUAUCUUCUGUAAAGAUGUUGAAGACUUGGCAAGACAAUGAAGAAAUGGCUGAUAACUUUACAAAGGUUGCUGAUGUGGGGUACUUGGAUGAAGAGAUUGUGGCCUUGCAUUUGGAGAUUGUGGAGUUGCAGAGAAGCCCUUUCGCACGUAGACAAGAGGAUGUGAUGAAGCAGCUUGAGGAAAAGGCAAUUGACCUCUACAAGCAACUGAAAGCUAAAUGUAAAAACCCAGACCCGCCGCAUGGUUACAGUGAUAGCUCUGAAAUGGUACGGACUAUUCUUCAAACUGUGCAAAACCAAGAUAGAGUGCUUAAAGACCUGUAUACUCACCUGAGCACAAUCUUGGUUUUCAAAAGACGCAUCAUGGACUUGUUUCCAAAGUUAGAAAACGCUUUGGAAAAUAUUGCAACAGCUGAUGCAGCUGUAAUGCAGAUGCAGUCGAAGAGACAACGAGAGUUCUGGUACUUGCUCAAGAUUGCCUGUGCACAGACAUGCUCCCCACCCCAGUCACUUCAAGACAGUCCCUCAAAUAAUGCAACUGUUGAGCAGUUGUUGAAUGAAAAUCAACACUAUCUGAGUCAACUGACAUUUCUUUUGAAUGACGCUACGAAAGAGAUGGAUACAAGUGUUAUGGAACAGGACUGGAGCUGGAUUCAGAAACGCAAGAGCAGAGCUGCGGGGGUGGGGCCAGGGACUUUGAAUGGUGAAAUCUGCGGAGAAGACAGUUUGAUAGAGUUUGGAGAAACGGAGAAUGACCAUGCCACAAGUCGGGGCAGUAUUGAGGAAGGACACCUUGCUGUGUAUUACAGGGGUGGAGCAUUACUGACUGGACCUAAUGGUCCAGGAUAUCAUAUAAUGAUGCCUUUUAUUACCACAUUCAGAUCUGUGCAGACCACUCUCCAGACUGACGAGAUCAAGAAUGUGCCUUGUGGAACUAGUGGCGGUGUAAUGAUUUAUUUUGACCGGAUAGAGGUGGUUAACAUGCUAGUCCCUUCUGCAGUUGUGGACAUUGUGAGAAACUACACUGCAGAUUAUGACAAGACGCUUAUUUUUAAUAAAAUUCACCAUGAACUUAAUCAGUUCUGCAGUGUACACACUCUACAGGAAGUCUACAUUGAGUUGUUCGACAUCAUAGAUGAAAACCUCAAGACUGCUUUACAGAAAGACCUAAAUGCAAUGGCCCCAGGACUCACAAUACAGGCUGUUCGUGUCACAAAACCUAAAAUCCCUGAGGCUAUUCGCAGAAACUUUGAACUCAUGGAGGCUGAGAAGACUCGCUUGUUAAUCACUGUACAGACACAGAAGGUUGUUGAGAAGGAAGCUGAGACUGAAAGAAAAAAGGCCAUAAUUGAGGCCCAGAAACUGGCUCAGGUUUCAGAGAUCCACUUUGCACAGAAAAUCAUGGAGAAAGAAACCGAAAAAAAAAUCUCACAAAUUGAAGAUGCAGCCUUUCUGGCUAGCGAAAAGGCCAAAGCUGAUGCAGAAUAUUACACUGCUGCUAAGUUGUCAGAGGCGAACAUGUUAAAGCUAACGCCGGAAUACUUGGAGUUGAUGAAAUACCAGGCCAUUGCUGCAAACAAAAUUGCUUUUGUUGAAUGCCUUUUGGUGGAUUAA